AUAGUCGAUACGGUCACACUGUCGCUGCCAAACGUGUUUGUUUUGUUAUUUAGCCGCGCAUUAAAGACAGAACAUGGAAAACGUCGCUCCUAGCAGCAGCAACAGCCCCAGCAAGGCAGGCAAAGUGGAUGACAUUAAUAUGGAAGGACUGUCACUCCACGAAGGCAUACGCGAUUGGCCUGUCUGCAUUAUUGUGCUGGGCAUGGCCGGCUCCGGCAAGACAACGUUCACACGCAGCCUCAUCGAGCACGCGCAGGCACAAUUCAAUCCGUACGUUGUGAACUUGGAUCCCGCCUGCCGCGAGGUGCCCUAUGCAGCGCACAUCGAUAUACGCGACACAGUGAACUACAAAGAGGUAAUGAAGCAAUACCAGCUGGGUCCCAAUGGCGGCAUUGUGACGGCGCUGAACAUGUUUACAACCAAGAUGCCCAAGUUUACGGAGCUGGUGCGUCGUGCGGGCGAGCGUGGACACAAGUGGUGUAUUAUUGACACGCCAGGACAAAUUGAAGUGUUUACUUGGUCUGCAUCGGGCAACAUAAUAACCGAAGGCUUGGCCACCAUGUUUCCCACCAUUAUAGUGUAUGUUAUGGAUGUAGUGCGCUCCGCUUGCCCCACCACCUUCAUGUCCAACAUGCUGUACGCCUGUUCCAUACUAUACAAGACGCGUCUGCCGUUUCUGGUGGCUCUUAAUAAGAUUGAUCUGAAGGACUGCGGCUUUAUACAGGACUGGAUGACGGACUUUGAGGUAUACCAGGAUGCGCUGGAGCAGGAGCAAAGCUUUGUCAACAAUCUAACGCGCACCAUGUCGCUGACACUGGACACGUUCUAUGAGAAUCUGGUGACCUGCGGCGUCUCGGCCAAAACGGGCGUUGGCUAUGCCAAGCUGCUGCAGCACAUGCUCGACUGUGUGGCCGAAUAUGAGCGCGACUACAAGCCGGUGUAUGAGAAGAUGCGUCUACAGCGGCUCGCAGAGCAGCUGGCGCCAGCAGCAACAGCUGCGCAUAUCGAUGAGGCGGGCACAGCUGUGCCCAUGGGCUUGGAUCUAAGCGAGCCCACGAAUCAAGAUGACAACAGUGUGUUUCUUAUGGCGCCCAGCUUGGUGCCACAGCAAAUGAAUGCUGAUGAGACGGAGCUGGAGCUGGACAGCAAGGGCAAGGUGGAGGAGCAGAAUUUCCAGAGUUUUGUGCAGACGCACAUGUCGGCGCAGCAGAGCAAGCGGGACAAGCAGCAGCGAAAUCAGGAGACCAAGUCCUAGCUGUGAACAUAGAUAUUUGUAUACUUAGCUUUAGAUUAUUAAAUAUAAUGCUGUGAGCUUAACUUAAACACAAUCGGAGAAACUCUUUUGGUAGGCAUUUAAUUUUGUUUCUUUAUUAUUAUUCACUUUAACAAGCAAAAACAUUCAAUACAGUGUUUGGUUUAAACUUUUUCUUUUUGUUUAUCUCAUGUGUGUAUAGGCGUAGUUAAUAUGUUUUGUAUUAGUGUCGCUUUGUAUUUGUUUAAUUGAAACUUGAAACAUUUAAAUGAAGAACGUAUAGUUCAUAUACAUAGAAUAUAUAUAGAAAUCGCUUGUGUGUGUCUGUCUGUGUGUG